AUGUCGAGCCCACUUCAACUGUUCAUCGACUUCGACGGCGUGAUCUGCGAUUCCGCCGCCGAGUGCCUGUUCAGCUCGUGGGUAGCCUACGAUCGACUUACCCGUGACUCCGAAGACGGGAGCCAACCGCCGUCCGCUCCGCUAUCGGUUCCCGUCGCGCUGCGAGCGCGCUUCCUGCACCUUCGCCCGUUCAUCCGGGCCGGUGACGACUACGUUCUGAUCCAGCGCCUGCUCGCCGGCAACCGCACACCGUCACGUCAGGAGGAGUUCGACCAUGCUCGACGCGAGGCCGGUCCGCAGACGCUGGCCCGGUACGGGGACGUCCUGAACCGUGUCCGUCAGGAGCUGAUGGCUCAUGAUCGCGAACACUGGCUACGCCUGAACCCGCUCUAUCCCGGGAUGGCGGAGCUGCUGCGCGCCGCCGACUGGGCGACCACCUGGAUCCUUUCCACCAAGCGUCCCCUCUACAUCCAGGCCAUCCUUGCAUUCCACGAACUCCCGGUGCCGCCCCGGGCCAUACUGCACGCUGCUGCCGUGUCCAAGCUGGAAACAGUCGCCGCCGUCCUCGACGAGCGGCAGGCCGAGCGCGCCGCGCUGGUCGAUGACCAGCUCGACCAUCUGGUCGGCAAUGACGACCCGCGCAUCAAAGUGUAUCUGGCCGCGUGGGGAUACGCCAAGCCGGAGUGGCUGAAGGACCCGCGCGUCCCGGCGCUCGACCUGCCGGACCUGCGCGGCUUGGUGGCGCGGACGAUGACCGGCGGCACCUCGUGA